AUGGACAUGGGCACCCAAAUCCCACCUUCCCUUCCGAAGAAAACCCUCUGCCUCUCAGAGCAGUGUGGGAGGACCUUCUUUGAGAGGGGAAGCCUUUAUAGACAUCAAAGGAUCCAUUCAGGGGAGAAACCCUAUCAAUGCCUGGAGUGUGGGAGGACCUUCUUUGAGAGGGGAAGCCUUUAUAGACAUCAAAGGAUCCAUUCAGGGGAGAAACCCUAUCAAUGCCUGGAGUGUGGGAGGACCUUCUUUGAGAGAGGAAGCCUUUAUAGACAUCAAAGAAUCCAUUCAGGGGAGAAACCCUAUCAAUGCCUGGAGUGUGGGAGGACCUUCUUUGAGAGGGGAAGCCUUUAUAGACAUCAAAGGAUCCAUUCAGGGGAGAAACCCUAUCAAUGCCUGGAGUGUGGGAGGACCUUCUUUGAGAGGGGAAGCCUUUAUAGACAUCAAAGGAUCCAUUCAGGGGAGAAACCCUAUCAAUGCCUGGAGUGUGGGAGGAGCUUCAGUCUGAGGCGAAGCCUUUAUAGACAUCAAAGGAUCCAUUCAGGGGAGAAACCCUAUCAAUGCCUGGAGUGUGGGAGGACCUUCUUUGAGAGGGGAAGGCUUAAUACACAUCAAAGGAUCCAUUCAGGAGAGAAACCCUAUCAAUGCCUGGAGUGUGGGAGGAGCUUCAGUCUGAGGCGAAGCCUUUAUAGACAUCAAAGGAUCCAUUCAGGGGAGAAACCCUAUCAAUGCCUGGAGUGUGGAAGGAGCUUCAGUCUGAGGCGAAGCCUUUACAGACAUCAAAGGAUCCAUUCAGGGGAGAAACCCUAUCAAUGCCUGGAGUGUGGGAGGACCUUCUUUGAGAGGGGAAGGCUUAAUACACAUCAAAGGAUCCAUUCAGGGGAGAAACCCUAUCAAUGCCUGGAGUGUGGGAGGAGCUUCAGUCAGAGAGGACAUCUCAGGAGACAUCAAAGAAUUCACACGGGAGAGAAACCAUAAAAAUGGAUAGAGCAUGGCUAAAAUGUUCAGGAACCAGCAAUUUCAGUUCAGCCUUGGAUGAAAUGCACAAGAGUUUUUCGACAGCUAAGAAACUCACUG